CAAAGUUAGAAGUUUGGCUAUGUAAAACGACCCAGAAUGGUGAAACCGCAGCACAGAUCUCUUAGCCAGAAAUGGGAACGAGUGGUUCAUCCUAAGUUCCCUAAAGCUCAUAAUCCUAGAACUUUGAGGCAACGCUUACAACGUAAAAGAGUAAAAGAGAGGUGCCGACAGCAAAUGGAGAACUCGGGGGGCAUGGCAAAUCUGGCUCAGUCGCUCCCAACGAGAAUGAAAUCAGUAUGGGACCCAAAAGACAAAGUCUUCCAAGCUAAAAGAGAACCAGAAUCUGCAGAUUAUCAACAAGCAAAUCAGGAUGAGAAAGGAAUUAUUGAGAUCCCAGCAAAGGAGGAUGAAAAUGAGAUUUCAAUAGAUAAAAUUAUUUUUGAGAAGCCAGAAAAGAGGAUGGCCAAACAUAUAAGGCCAUUAUACAUUCAUGCUCACAUGGAUGGGAUGCCAAUUAAUCAAAGUUCUGGUGGACAAUGGUGCUGCUAUCAACAUUUUGCCAACUUGUAUGUUACACAAAAUUGGCAAAUCUUUGAAAGAUCUGAUGGAGAUAGAAGUGACAAUCAACGACUUCACAAGUGGAGUAAAUUGCUUAAGAGGAAUUUUGCCAGUCGAGCUUACUAUGGGAAACUUAACUCUCAUAAUGAUGGCAAAAUUGAGGUUGUGAAAGUUGAUGAUAAACCUUUUAUGCCUAACACCAAUUCAGUGGAAGCUCAUUACUAUGAUGAAGAAAUUGGGACCAUUCGCUUCUUUAGGAUGGACCGUAAUGGCAGACCAGUAGGAAUCACUACUAGUACCAGAUCAACACUUACUAAAUGCAUAGUGAAGAAGGUCUACGAUGAACUCCUUCAGCCUACAACAAUCGUUCCUUUUAGGUCGAGGGAAGAGCUAGAAAUUGAAGAAAUUCCAUGAAGAGACAACGAAUCAAUUACCAAAAAAAGGAGACCAUGGAAGAAAUCAAAAGGAAAUUAACGACCUAUCUUGUAGAAAAACAAAUUAGUGUAGACAAAUCUGAGGUGGUUCACGAAGGUGAAAAGGGAGAUUUGACAUAUGAGGUUACUCUGGAGGAGUUAGAUCUAGCUCCAGCCAAACUUGAUAAUCUGAAAAAGUACAAGAUUCAUUGGAGGAGGUAAAUCUGGAUAUUUCGAAUUCUAGUUGAGUCAGUUUUGGGUGAAAUUGUAUAGUAUUUUCUUUUUUCAAUUUAGAAUUUUUUGGAUUUUAAUAAAAGUGCUGAUUUGAA